CCCCCCUCUCUCUCGCUCGGUUUUCCUGCCGGGCUGCUGCUGCUUUGCGCGCUGCGGGGCCACACUGCGACCGCACCGAGGAGGAAGAGGAGAAAGGCGCGGAGUGAAGGGGGGGAGAGGUCCAGAUCUAGAGAAAAAGCAGCAGAGCUGAGGAGGAGGGCUGAUUCACGCGCCGUCACCGCACGGAUAAAAAAAAAACCCUCCGAAGAAGAAGAAGAAGCAGAAGGCGGAGACGCGUCACGCCGCGCUCUUCCUCCCUCCAUCUCUGCUCCGCUUCCAGGAGAGCGAAGAGGAGGACACACGGAGGGAACCGCUGGGAAUCUCGGUGUUGGACAUCUCCCCCUCCCGCACGGAUCAGGGCCGAUUCUCCGCUCUCUAGCAGCCAGCUCGGCGCGGCGACACCAUGAAGGACCGUACGGCGGAACUGCGAAGCGCUAAGGACAGCGAUGAUGAUGAAGAGGUGGUGCAAGUCGACAGGGACCACUUCAUGGACGAGUUCUUCGAACAGGUGGAGGAGAUCCGAGGCUGCAUAGAGAAGCUGUCAGAGGACGUGGAGCAGGUGAAGAAGCAGCACAGCGCCAUCCUGGCCGCGCCCAACCCUGACGAAAAGACCAAGCAGGAGUUGGAGGACCUCACAGCUGACAUCAAGAAGACAGCCAAUAAAGUUCGCUCAAAAUUAAAAGCAAUCGAGCAGAGCAUCGAGCAGGAGGAGGGUCUCAACAGAUCAUCAGCGGACCUCCGGAUCCGUAAGACACAGCACUCGACGCUGUCACGUAAAUUUGUGGAGGUGAUGACCGAGUACAACACCACGCAGUCCAAGUACCGCGACCGCUGCAAGGACCGCAUCCAGAGACAGCUGGAAAUCACUGGAAGAACCACCACCAACGAAGAGCUGGAGGACAUGUUGGAGAGUGGCAAACUGGCCAUCUUCACCGAUGAUAUCAAAAUGGACUCUCAGAUGACCAAACAGGCCCUGAACGAGAUCGAGACCCGACACACCGAGAUCAUCAAGCUGGAAAACAGCAUCCGUGAGCUCCACGACAUGUUCGUCGACAUGGCCAUGCUUGUCGAGAGCCAGGGAGAAAUGAUUGACAGAAUUGAGUACAAUGUAGAACACUCCGUCGACUAUGUGGAGCGAGCCGUCUCCGACACCAAGAAGGCCGUAAAAUACCAGAGCCAGGCUCGCAAGAAGAAGAUUAUGAUCAUCGUCUGCUGCGUCAUCCUCGGCGUAGUCCUGGCGUCAACCAUUGGCGGCACACUGGGCUUCUAAGACGUUCCUCCACCUGCUGCCAUGAUGACUGAUGCCGACCGACUGACCGACAGACAGCAGAGAAAAGAAACAGCAACGACAACACAAAAACUUGAAACACAAAUGCAAGACCGACAACCAAUCAGCUAGGAAGAGAUAAUCCAAUCACAGAUAUGAGGAAACACCACGGGUUUGGGCGGGGUACAAAAAAGCAAAGAAGAAAACACAGUAACACCACAUUAUAGGUGACUUAUCCACACAACGUAUACAAGCGAGGGGAAAAUAAACCUAUUUAUGUAAAUGUAUUGAACAUAUGAAGCAACACGUGGGUUAGCUACCUGUAAAAAAUGAUAACCUAUAAUAUGACAUUUACUGUUUGUUUUGGCUGUUUUCUUAUGUGUUAACGUUUUUUGUUUUCGUUUUUCGGGAGUCUCCGAGGACAGUGACGGCUGCUGGGUGGGAGUUCUGUGGGAAAAAAAUCUGUCAUCUGGGUUCCUCACGUUCAUUUCAGGAAAAAACAAACAAACACAAAAAAAAAAAACGGCUAAUAUAUUGAUGUAGAAAAACCAUUUCAGAUGUUUCAGAAGGGAGGGUUCUAGAACUUGGGCGGAUCCGUAUGACGUUCAUUUGGGAAGGGGCCUCAAACGUCGUGCCUCGUCGUCAGCCCAGCUGCCUCUUUAGUCCACCUCUCAUUGGCUGCUUUGUCCCAUCAUUCACCUUGGUCAGCCUGUUACCGUAGACCGAUUAGAUCGUGAUAGGCACCCUGAGGUGCUUUCACAGCCAGCUGACUGGUUGGGGAAACACUGCGUUGAUAAGGGGGAGGUCAGAAUCCCCAGAUUGUUGUAUCAAUCCAACCAAAGAACUGGGGAGGGAGGGCCUCUGAUCAUCCUGGUUACUCUGGUUAGCCACCCUGUGCGACACGGAGAUAAUUGAUGGACAGGUGAAUGGUGGGAGGAUGUGGGGUAGGAGGCUUCAAACGGGGGUGGGGGGAGAAGGACAGUUAAUCUAUGCAGUUUAGAUACAAGAAAGACGACUUGUCCCGCCUACCAACACUAAGAAAGCCAAUGAGAAUUUUGCCUUCAAGUUAAAAUCCUGAUGGCGGCAGGGGCGUCAUCCUCAAGCUAUUCUUCUGGUAGAUUCUACGAAAAAAAAAAAAGUUAAAGGAAACACAUGAAAGCCAGCUAAGAAGCGAAACAAGUUACCUGAGUGUGGCGACGGUCCCGUGGCUGUUUCGUGUUUUGAUGGCGAGCGUUUGUUGCUUUUGUCGUGCUGCUGUUCCGGUGCGUGUGUGAUGUAUCUUGUGCUGUAUCUGCUUAACAUUGUGUUAACGUUGAGUUUGUGCGAUCUGACGUGUCUCCGGCGUGUUUGUGUUGGAAAGUUGUGAUGUUUCGGUUGCCACACGUGAGGGAAUUCCUGUAGAUAAUGUGAAAGGUACAUCACACCUCUCUGCAUAGACAGGAUGCACCGUUCGACUCUUUUUAGCCUUCUUCUAGGAAGUCCUGGGAUAAUAAUAGUAGGGAGGCGUCUAGCCAAAUGUUCUCAGGAAGGUGGAUCAACAUGACACACAUUCAUUCCCAACCUGAACAUGUCAUAUAUGUUUAACUUCUGACGUAGAAAGGCCCCAUGAAUGUUGUGUUACUGCCAGUUUUUGGAUUAGUCUUAACUGCUUUGCAUGUUGUAGAAUUAGCUUGUGUUUGUGUAGGUUGUGUAGAAGCUUAAUGAAGAUUUGUUGUCUGUUUUCUAGUUACUUUUCUCUGAAAAACUCUGGAAGGCAUUUAUGGUGUCCAGCGCAGUGUUGUGAAACAGAUAUCAUAAAAUUCAACCAUGGGUUUGUGGCUACUGGCAAAUUUGUAAUAAAAUACAUUUUUAAUUAUUAAAAGCUAAUUAUAGCCAGUCAUAGAACAAUCCUUGAUAUUCUGGAACCUUUCUAGCUGCUAUCAACCUAUUUCUACCAUAUCUGGAAGCUAACUGUAGCUAAUCAUAGGCUAAUUCUAAUUUAAAGGAUAGUUACAUGCAGAAAUAUUACAUUUUACAACAUAAACAGUAUUUAAGUCUUCUUUACAAUUAAAUAUUUUUUUAUUGCGUCCUGUUCUCAGCGACUAACUAUUAGCCUGAAUCAUAAACCAAAAUUAUGCUAAAUUGGAAGCUAAUUCUAGUUAAUAUGAAGGAUAAUGCUAACUAUAGAGUAAUUUUAGCUAAUCGUUUAAAAAUUCUUGCUAAUCUAUAGAAAUAAAUGUAACGUGAAAAACAGUUUUACACUUUUAAAUCACCUGAAGUAAAAUUUUGUGACUUUAAGCUGGUUUUUAGACUCUGAUAGCGUUAGCAACCUAAGCCAAAUUUGGAUGCUAACUUAAUGGAAUCGCUAGCUAACUGUUACGUAGUGCUGAACUCAACGCAGCUAUCUGGGACAAACUGUUACAAUAAUAGGAAUAUAAAUGCUGUAGUCUACAUUCUGUUUGCAGUCUGGGGUUUACUGAAAGGGUAACGCAGUGAUCCGUAGCGGGCAAAAAGCUGAAAAUGACCGAACACACGGUGCAUUUUACAGAACAACGCCGUCUCAUUGCAACUCAUGAAAAUGUUAACUGCAUAUGUUGUAAACCUGAAACAUUUGACAGAUUUACCCAGAUUAUACCAAGGCUGGGCCGUUUAAAGAAAAGCGCUAACCCUGAUAAAGACAUCGGUUAGCCUCGUAGAAUAUAAGGAAAGCUUUUACUCUGAUGUUACUUUGGGAUUUUCAUCAAGAAAACAUCUAAGGAGUUGUUGGAAGCAGAGACGCAGGACUUUCUGCUUUGCUCUGGGCCAGAUACCAACGGUUUAGGCUGAACUUUUUAUAAUACAAUAUUUGAAACGUUUCUGUGUCUCUUAGGAAAAUUGUGAAGUGUUCAUAAUUUGACAAUAAUUGCUGGGCGACGUUUGAGGCUUUGAGGAGGAAAGCGCUCAGGCUCUGUGAUACGGAGGCUAAUGAACUUCUGUUGAGGCCUACGCUGGAUGAGAAACCACCUGAAGAUUCCUCUGCACUCUCUGCCGGAGAAAUGUUUCAUUUAACAGAGAUAGUCAUUGUUUGGUGUAAAACGUGCAUUUUCUUGAGAUGUAGAAGUUAGCAUUAGAUGUCUGUGAUGCGCUUGGUGUUUUAGCUUCAGGUUUGGAGAAGAUUGGGCUUCAUUUAUUUUUAUUCUUAGGUUUAAAUAAACCAAAACUGUUGUGUUCACCAAAGUUUCACCUCCACAACUCCUCCCAGCAGCAAAACCCAACAAAUCUCUCUUCAAACUGUCUGUAGAUUCAGGAUGAAUGGAAUCUUUUCUCAGCUGCUGUAGUGUUUUCUGUUUUUAGUGGUUUCCAACGUUUAGAAGAAGUGUGAACUAAAGUGCAUUUAGUGACUUAGCGAGGCAAAAUGUCAUUGUAACCUCACACAUCUGAUUUUUUUAAAUGUUAGCCAGCUGCGCUUUCCUUCAUUCAGCGCCGUGGACUUGUAGAGAACUGACGGUUGUCCUGGCGGCGUCAGAGUCGUUGGCGGUGAUUGAGGUGGAUGAACGUGUGCGGUGUAAGGAUGGCGUCAAAAGCACCAGCCAGUUUAUUGACAAUGACGUUGCUUUUUGUGUGUAUUUUCUGUAAAGUUCCUGUUUCAUCCAUCAGGCCCCUUGAAACCCAUCAAACCAUGAAGACGUUACCGGUAUAAUUUGGUGAGGGUCAGUUUGUCCGAGUGUUCGGCCCUCCCUAGUCCUCCUGUCUUGUGUUGUAGUCGUUUGGUUGUAUAAAAAGACGGCAACGAGCGCUGGGAGUCUGACCUUCCCCAUCCAUCCUGCUGUGUGUAAUAAUUAUAACGAUGAUUAUAAAAAAGGCAUGCAAAAGCGUUGUGGAGUUUGCAUGAAGGUGUUUUUGUACCCCACCCCGCCCUCCUUAUCAUGCACUUUACCAUUCAUCGGACCUGUUUGAUUAGCACAUGAGCUACAAGCUACAAACUGUUAAUAAUUAAUCUGCGUUUCAGUAUUUCUGUUAAACGCCUUUUGUUAAAAUAUAAUUUGAGUGUUUUGUUUAAAUGUGAAAGGCUUAACUCCCGCCAGCUGUGGUCAUUCAGGUCUGUCUGAACUUCUCGCUGGACUUCACCUCGCCUUUUCCCGCUGGGCUUGUUUACUCCACACAUGGUUUGCUGAGAAUUCGGCUGUAGGGAAACCGAUCUGUGUGCGUGUGCAGCAUGUUUCCCUUCGUCUUCGGUGAAGACGGCACGUUUGUGAGCGUGUGUUGGCAGCACGGGUUCGUUUAGACGCGCGACGCGUCAGCUUGCAGUCCACUGGGUUGCAGCUGUUUUCACAAAUUGCAAAAAAAUAAAAAAUUGCAACUAAGAGGACCAGAGCCCUUAAUGUACGCAAUGUUCACUCUUUGUUUAAUUCAAGCCAAAGCCUUUUCCCUCCCACUCGUGUUCUCAAAAUAUCCCGCUAAAAUCGAAGAGCACAAAGCAAGUCAAGUUUACACCGAGAUGUUCCUCACAAAGAUACAAGACCUAAAAAAAAAUAAAAAAACGCAAAUAUAAAAAUAAAAGCCUGCCCUGAAGCCCACCCCCACCACCAGCCCUCACUGCAUGUUGGUCUUUCUGUCCGUCAAUCAGUUGAUCCAAACAACGUCUGCCUCCAGCUUCCCUUUCUCCUUUCUCCUGUAGAUGCCAGUUUGUGGUCUGAUUAGUGGAAAAAUAUGGCACAUAAUCAUAACUGGAGACAACGGUGGUGCUUUCUUCUUCUAUUUAAUAACUGCUUUUGUUCUUGCUGUUUUGGUGUCAUUUUUGUUUUUUUUCUGUACAGCUGGUUUAUCAGUCCUCUUCACACUUCCGGAUCAACGCGCAGCUGCAGGUUGGAGAUUCUUCCAGGAAGGAAAUUUACUCCCCUCCAGGAAAAAGAUGAAUUAUUUAAAUACAUGCAGAUUAUUAUUAUUAUUAUUAUUAUUGGGAUAUGUUCGUGUAACAAUUCCUGGUAAGAGAUGCAGAGAUUAAAUUCAAACUUUAUUCCAGAACAUCUAACAAAAGGGCCAGCUUUCUGUUGCUUUAAGGCUGAAAACUUGAGUUGUAGAAACCAGUUUUCAGUUCUGCCAAUCCAAGGUCCCUCCUAAGCCUCCUAACUGUUAACACUGCAGAACAUUUAGGCAGAACAGGAAUGGAGCUUGGACUGUCGGGGUGAAGGGCUCUGCAGAUAGACGUUCCUGGAAACGGGUCUCGUCUCUACCUGACGUGAGAUUACUGCCAUUGAUAAACACGGAUUUAAGCUGUGUUCACACGCGCACUUUAGUCUCAGAACCAUGCAGAUUAUCGCAGUUGAUUCAGACAUCUGCAACAAUCAGAUUCAAACUUUUUUCAGGGGAUUUCCCUCUGAACAAAACCUGGGAAUGACUCCGAUAGAGAACUUUGAGACAAAAAUUAGAACAUUUAGAUAUUCCUGCUCCCACAGACCAACAGCGAGCGUUUGUCCGGGGUGUGACAAAGGACUGCAGCCUCGUCAACCAAUAUAUAAACAAUAAUAUAUAAAUAUAUUCAUGUAAAUCUUACACCAACAUACUGCGUUUGUAUGACCGUAUGUACAUGGCCACGUGCCAUUAGUGCUUCUGUGGGCUGUGUACAGUUUCCGUCAGAGCAGGACACAAACGAGCAGGAAACAAAUCAUCCUGAGAGGGUUUGGCCUCCAAAGAUCGACUCUGUUAGCGAAAUAAUCUGCCGUGUUUCUUCACACACGCAAUAAACAGUUGUUGUCCUUUUAGUUUCCGGUGACACAAGUUACUUUUUCCCGCCUUUUCUUUUUUUUUAAUUGAACCAAGUCCCUCAAGCUGAUGGUUUUUGUCUUCCUGAGACAAUUAUCUGAAACCAAACCCGUUGCGUGUCCUGCUCUGAUAACAUGAAAAUGUCUUUGUUCUUGUUGCAGUGACAGCUGUGACUUGUUCUGAACUGAUUUGAUUUUUUUAUGCUUGAUCCAAAUGUCUCUUUGCUCUCUUCACCAAACGAGACAGUAUUUGGUUUAUCAGUGUUUAUUUUUCCUGAGUGGGAGGAGUUAGGGGAGGGGUCACAUAGAUAGACCACACCCACACAGUCCCUGCCAUAUUAAGAAAUACAUUUAAAAAACAUUAUUAUUAUUGUUGUUGUUAUUAUAAUUCUAAUCAUAAAAGGCUAAUAAAAUGCAGUAAAAGAUUUGCAGAAACCCAGAAGGAGAGUGAACGGCUUCACAAAAAGUGAUCAAACAAACAGAAAAACUUUAAAAGAGGGAGGUCGCCACAAUUCCAUGAUCGCAAUGAUUUAAAGAAGUACAAAAGGAGUUAUGUUAUCAUAAAUAAUAGUAGUAAUAUUGAAUAUUGAAUGCUCGCAAUUUUGUCAAAAUGAAACUGGAAACUUUGUGUUCUGUAAUUAUUGUAAAUAACUUCAAAGAGAGAAAAAAUGACUUGCAUGUCUAUGUAUAAAUCUACUGAGAUAUUUAUUCCCGUCAAAGUUGACAAGCACUUCGAUCUCUGUCCUUUUUUGCUGCUUUUGUUCCCCGGACGUCGCAUGUCCUCGCCCCCCCCCUUCCCCCCCGGUCUCCAUCCCUGUGGAUGGGAGACGGCAGCAGAGAGACGGAGUCCUGUACCUUCCAUUGUCGUCGUUUGCCGCCAUGCUUGGUGCAGAUGCUGCGUUCACACCGCCGAGUUUCGUGAUGUGAACGCAGCCACACCUCCAUCCAUAACCCCAGACCCAGAGGCUCCGCCCACUGGCUCCUCUGAUGAAAGUGCUUCCCUCCAUAUUAGGAAACGUAACCCCGCCUCCAGGGCUUUAGAAGCCACGCCCCUGGUCACUCUGGAAGACCUCCAUGUGAUCGCCAUCUCUCUUGUUUGUUGUCGUCUCUCAGCCACACCUCAACCAACCUCCGUCUCCCACCAGCAUUUAGCCUCACUACCCAACGCUUAGUCCAACAACUUCACAGCCAUAUCCAGAACACAAGUGCCCAGAUAGUCUACCGACUAAAGGUCAGCUGGAUUAGUAUCAGCCACUCUGAGAUACCACCAGCUAUGAUUAUUGGUGGUGGUGAGACCCAUCGACUGUAAAGAAAAAGCACACGUCCAUCAGUU